UUUACGAAAAAGCCAAAACCCGCUAGCUAGUACUAGUGCUAGCUAGGUCGUCGGUUCACCCCGCCCCAACGAUCAUAGCGCCUCGCUCGCUGUCGUGUUCGUUCACCGGCUGCUUGCUUGGCUGGCUUUGCUGACUUCUUCACUGCUUGACACACAAGUUUACAACCUCAUCCUAAAUGACGGCAUUGCAAUAUCGUUUUUUAAUCGCGAGUUUCUCGUAAUCCACUGCAUCAACAUGAUGAAUCGUCACUGAUCCACUUUGUACUCUGGGCCAUGGGCACACAGAAGCCGGAACAAUGGGCGAUUGCGCUGAUUAACCGUUUUGAGGCCCAGCUACCAUGUCAAGCUGAGCCUCAAACAACAAACUCACGUCUGAACGAACAAGAAAAUCGAAAGUAUUUAAUACAAAUUUCUCGUCAUCGUUUCUCUCUUGUGAUAUCCAAUCUCACAAAAAUUCUUCAACGUGUCAAUGACAUGUUAACUGGAGGUCAACGAUCAUUUCACAAUACUGACCAGGAACGUAAUUGCUAUGAGUCAAUCAUCAUUGUUCUAGACACACUUGAACAGUGUUUGUCAAACCAACCAAGAGAUAAUUCCAGUAAAGAUGAAACGAUGAACGUUAAACUUCUACUUCGACCAAUUUGUCAAUUUAUUAAUAUAUCCAAUGACAGUUCUUACCACGUGCACAUAAAAAAUCUCGCCAGCAAAGUACUUUUUGCUUUAAGUCUCAACUUCUACACGGCUGUUUUUAACAGAAUAUCAGAUCAUCUUCAAGAGCUGACAGUUUGUAAUGAAGAGAAUCCAGAUUGUAGUGAUAUUGAAUUAAUUCAACAUAUCAACAUUGACGUUGAUCGGCUUAUUCAAAUUUUAAAUGAAAUAAUUCAAAAGUUUAAACUGCUCAAAAAAUCAUCUCACACAGUUUUAAUGAAUGCGUUAGAACGUGCAAUUUGGAAUUGGAUGGAUACUUAUCCUCAUGAAUUUGCUGAAGUACAACGAAAGCAAAAUGAUAAUUUGCGAGAAACCAAUGAAACAGCAGAAGCUGUAAAAAAAUAUAAUGAUAACUUAGCAAAAGCUUGUGGUGAAUUGUUCGAUGUUUUGGAUAUGUAUGCUGAAAAUAAGAAAGGUAAAAAUGUAUCAGGAUGGCCUUUACAAAUAAUGUUACUUAUUUUAACACCAAAAGUUUUAGAAGAAAUAGUUAAUACAAAAAUAGGUGUACCAUGUUCUCCAAAACAUUCUAAAAAAAAACAAUUUCUUGAUGGAAUUAAACGAGCUUUAGGAUCACAUGGAGGAUCAAGUAGAUAUAUCACAGAAGCUGCCGCGAUCACCUGUGUUAAACUUUGUAAAGCUGCUACAUAUAUAAAUAAUCAAGAAUCAAACAAUGUGAUAUUUACACUUGUUCAACAAAUUAUUGGAGAUUUAACGGUACUACUUUUCAAUACCUGCAAACCUUUUUCACGUGGACAAAGCACAAUAAAUCAAGACAUUGAUUUAAUGAUUGAUUGUUUUAUUAGUUGCUUUAGACUUAGACAUCAUAGUGAUGAAGUUAUUAAAAGUUGUCUUAAUUUAAGUGCUCCAGCUACUUACCAAUUUGUUCUCAUCAGUUCUUUAUAUCGAAUUGCAACUCAACCAAGAUUAGCAUGGUGGCCUCAGAUUGACUUAGUUUAUCCUCAAAGUGUUGAAUUGAAAAAUUUAUUUAUUGAUACUUUAAAUAAAGUUACACCAAAUUAUAUAUACCCGACGCCUUUAAAAAUGAUUCAAAGUUUAACGUUAAAAGGGAAGGAACAAGGAAAAUACAAAGAUAGAGGAGAAGACAUAACAAGUCAUAAAAAUCUUCUAUUGUGGAUAGUAAAAUUAAUUCAUACUGAUUCAAUGUUAAUGCUUUAUAAUCAAGGUAAAUACGGUCAUGAAAUACAGAGCUCAACACUUGAGUUAAUCAACGGUCUAGUUUCUCUUGUUCAUCAACCAACAAUGCCUGACAUUGCCAAUGAAGCUAUGGAAGCUCUUCUAGUCCUUCAUUAUCCUGAUAAAAUAAAAGCCUGGAAUCCAGAAUCUCCAAUUAAAACUUUUUGGCUUAUUAGUUCUCAAGUUUUGUUUUCAAUUUCUCAAAAACUUAUCCAACACCAAAUUGUUAAUUGUACUGAUAUUCUUAAGUGGUUAAGAGAAAUUCUAGUAAGAAGAAAUGAAUUUUUAUCUCAAAAUAAGGAUUAUGCAAAUGAUGGAAGUCAAAUACAAAUUUGUAAUCAAGCUCAUAUCGAAUUAGAAGUUGUUUUUUUUAUGUAUCUGUGGAGUAUUGAUAUGGAAGCAGUCCUAGUUGCUCUUUCAUGUUUCUCGUUACUUUGUGAAGAAGCAGAUAUUAGAUGUGGAAGUGAUGAAGUUGCUGUUACUUCUCUUUUACCUAAUUAUCAUCUUUAUAUUGAGUUGGCUCAAACUUCUACUGCAUUAACGACCGCUAGCGGGGAUAGUAGGAUAUCAGGUUAUCAUGAAUAUAGCCAUGGACGAACUGCUCUACAGAAGCGAAUAAUGGCUCUUUUGAGAAAAAUUGAACAUUGUGCCAGUGGUGUUCAGUCAGCUUGGAAAGAGACUUAUAGAAAUUGGGAAUCAACAAUAAAAUUUGGAAAUUCAAAGAAUAAAGCAGAAGAUGGUCAAGUAGAAUCUUUCCAUAGAACUGUAGGAAAACGUCGAGCUUCUAAUCAAAAUUCAGAGCAUGAAUUAGAAGAGCAAAUAAAUGAAUGGGCCAAUAUGACAGGAUUUCUGUGUGCUCUUGGUGGUGUAUGUCUUCAAAAAAAAUCUCCAAGUAAACCCAUAUCAACAGGGAUGAUUCCCAGUUUAGAUUUAAAAAAAAAUUCUAUAAAACAACAAUUGGAUGCCUCAUGUUUAAUUAAUUCAAGUCAAGAUGCUCAAUAUUGUCUAGUUACUCAAUUUAUUUUAAAUCUUUUACGAUUAUUAUUUUUUAAUCAUGAAAAAUUUGGAGCACAGAUUCAAAAACAUGUCAAAGAACUUGUAGGCCAAGAAAUGAGUCCAGCACUGUAUCCAAUUUUAUUUGAUCAAAUUAAAUGCAUAGUCGAUAAGUUUUUUGAUCAAUCCGGACGAGUAUUAGUCAUAGAUGCAAACACUCAAUUUAUAGAGCAUACUAUUUUUAUAAUGAAAAAUGUUUUGGAGUCUAAAUCAGAUCAACCAUCCGAGUAUUUGGGAAUGACCAGUAUUGAAGGAAUGACUUUAGCAAUUGUACGUUAUGUUAGACAUUUGGAUACUACAAUUUACACAAUUCGUAUAAAAACAAAACUUUGUCAACUUGUAGAAGCAAUGAUGAAACGAAGAGAUGAUUUAGCAUUUAGACAAGAAAUGAAAUUUAGAAAUAAAUUGGUUGAAUAUUUGACUGAUUGGAUUAUGGAUACAAGACAUCAAAUUACUCCUCAGCAAAAAAAUGAAGAUUUGACAACAAUUACUAGAGAUUUAGAGCAAGCAUGUAUGGAGGCUAUUGGUUCACUUUUACGUGGUCUUCCUCUUCAACCUGAAGAAUCAGAUCGAGGUGAUCUUAUGGAAGCCAAAUCUCAAUUAUUUCUUAAAUAUUUCAGUUUAUUUAUGAAUUUUUUAAAUGAUUGCAAUGAUGCUGCAUGUGAAGAAAAAAAAGUUGUUUCGACAUCUCAAUUGACUAGUGGAAAAUUAUCAAGCCUUAGAAAUGCAACGAUUCAAGCAAUGAGUAAUCUAUUGAGUGCAAAUAUUGAUAGUGGACUAAUGCAUUCUAUUGAUUUAGGAUAUAAUAAAGAUUUACAAACUAGAGCGGCUUUUAUGGAAGUAUUAACUAAAAUACUUCAACAAGGUACAGAGUUUGAUACAUUAGCCGAAACAGUUUUAGCUGAUAGAUUUGAGCAAUUAGUUCAGCUUGUAACAAUGAUUAGUGAUAAAGGAGAAUUACCUAUAGCUAUGGCGCUUGCUAAUGUAAUAACUUCAAAUCAAAUGGAUGAAUUAGCCAGAGUUUUUGUAACAUUAUUUGAUGCUAAACACUUACUUUCCCCUCUAUUAUGGAAUAUGUUUUACCGAGAAGUAGAAGUUACGGAUUGUAUGCAAACACUUUUUCGUGGUAACAGCCUUGGGAGUAAAAUAAUGGCUUUUUGUUUUAAAAUAUAUGGUGCUAGUUAUCUUCAAAAUCUUUUAGAACCUCUCAUUACACCCUUAUUAGAUGAUCCAUCAACAAGUUUUGAAGUAGAUAGUGCAAGAAUUAUUGAUUCUAAUGAAAAUAUUAUUCAAAAUGGUAGAAAUUUAAUUGUUUUAACAACUAAAGUAUUUGAUGCAAUUGUGUCGUCGGCAGAUAAAUUUCCGCCACAAUUGAGAUCCAUGUGUCAUUGUUUGUAUCAAGUUUUAAGUAAAAGAUUUCCUCAAUCUCCACAGGUUAAUAUUGGUGCAGUUGGAACAGUAAUUUUUUUGAGAUUUAUUAAUCCAGCAAUUGUUUCGCCUCAAGAAAUGGGAAUUGUCAAUAAACCAGUGCCUCCUCAUAUAAAAAGAGGAUUGAUGUUAAUGUCUAAAAUUUUACAAAAUAUUGCUAAUCAUGUUGAGUUUAGUAAAGAACAGCAUAUGCUUCCCUUUAAUGAUUUUUUACGGACACGAUUUGAAAUUGGCCGGCGUUUUUUUAUUCAAAUUGCCAGUGAUUGUGAAACAGUUGAUCAAACAAAUCCACCAAUGUCAUUUGUGUCUGAUGCUAAUGUUUUAGCCCUUCAUCGACUUCUUUGGAAUCAUCAGGAAAAAAUAGGUGAUUAUUUAAGCAGUAGUAGGGAUCAUAAAGCUGUUGGACGACGGCCUUUUGAUAAAAUGGCAACACUAUUGGCUUAUCUUGGUCCACCAGAGCACAAACCUGUUGAUUCACAUUUAUUAUUUUCGUAUGCAAGAUGGUCAAGUAUUGAUAUGUCAUCAACAAAUUUUGAAGAAAUAAUGGUAAAACAUAAUAUGCAUGAAAAAGAAGAAUUUAAAAGUAUUAAAAGUUUAAAUAUUUUUUAUCAAGCUGGAACUAGUAAACAGGGAAAUCCAGUAUUUUAUUAUAUUGCUAGACGAUAUAAAAUUGGUGAAACUAAUGGUGAUUUAUUGAUUUAUCAUGUUAUUUUGACAUUGAAACCAUUCUAUCACGCUCCAUUUGAAUUAGUAGUAGAUUUUACACAUACAUGUUCUGACAAUCGAUUUCGAACAGAAUUUUUACAAAAAUGGUUUUAUGUAUUACCUGAAAUAGCCUAUAAUAAUAUUCAUGCAGCUUAUAUAUAUAAUUGUAAUAAUUGGGUAAGAGAAUAUACAAAAUAUCAUGAUAGAAUUUUAGCACCAUUAAAAGGAAAUAGAAAAGUUGUAUUUAUUGAUUCGCCUACAAGGCUCAAUGAUUUAAUUGAACCAGAACAACAAAAAUUACCAGGAACUACUUUGACUCUUGAUGAAGAUUUAAAAGUUUUCACCAAUGCUGUCAAGCUUUCUCAUAAAGACACCAAAGUAUCUAUAAAAGUAGGACCAUCAGCAAUUCAAAUAACUUCAGCUGAUAAAUGCAAAGUUUUAUCUCAUUCUGUGUUAUUAAAUGACGUUUAUUAUGCAUCAGAAAUUGAAGAAGUUUGUCUAGUUGUUGAUGAUAAUCAAUUUACGUUAACUAUAUCAAAUGAAGCAGGACCAUUGUCUUUUCUUCACAAUGACUGUGACAGUAUAGUUCAAGCAAUAAUGCAUAUACGUAAUCGAUGGUUGUUGUCACAGCCUGAUUCUAUGUCUGUUCAUCCAAAGAUACGGCCUAAAGAUGUACCAGGAACACUCUUAAAUAUGGCUUUACUUAAUCUUGGAAGUUCUGAUCCAAAUUUAAGAACUGCUGCUUACAAUCAAUUGUGUGCACUUACUGCUACAUUUGAUUUAAAAAUUGAAGGUCAAUUACUUGAAACAUCAGGAUUGUGUAUUCCAUCAAACAAUACAAUCUUUAUAAAACACUUGAGUGAAACUUUAGCAGCCAAUGAUCCACAUUUAACUUUAGAAUUUCUUGAAGAAUGCAUGCAAGGAUUUAAAGUAUCAACAAUUGAGUUAAAACAUCUUUGUUUAGAAUACAUGACUCCUUGGUUAAAGAAUCUUGUGCGAUUUUAUAAACCUAAUGAUGAAGGUAAAAGACAGAGACAAGUAACUCAAAUAUUAGAAAAAUUAAUUACUUUAACAAUUGAAGAAGUAGAAAUGUAUCCAAGUAUUCAAGCAAAAAUUUGGAGUACAAUUGGAAGACUUCCUGAAUUAAUUGAUACUGUUUUGGAUCAUUUUAUUAAAAAAAGUGUUGGUUCUGGAAUUGGAUCACAAAUGGUUGAAAUUAUGGCUGAUACAGCAGUAGCUCUUGCUUCUGGUAAUGUCCAGUUAGUGGCAAAAAAAGUUAUUGGACGACUUUGUCGAGUUGUCGAUAAAACUUGUAAUUCUCCAACUCCAUUGUUAGAACAGCACAUGUUGUGGGAUGAUAUAGCAAUAUUAGCGAGGUACUUACUUAUGCUUUCUUUCAACAAUUGUUUAGAUGUUGGAAAACACUUACCUUAUCUCUUUCAUACUGUUACUUUCCUUGUAUGCUCAGGGAGUUUAAGUAUGAGAGCUUCAACUCAUGGCUUAGUUAUCAAUAUAAUUCAUUCUUUGUGUACAUGUAGUUCUCCAUCAUUUUCCGAAGAUACACAUCGGGUAUUACGUAUGAGCCUUGAUGAAUUUUCUUUACCAAAAUUUUAUCUACUCUUUGGUAUCAGUAAAGUUAAGUCAGCAGCAGUUACGGCAUUUAGAUCCAGUUAUAGACUUUCUAACGAUAAAUGGUUCACAAAUGAACGAACAACUUGUAGUAUUCAAGACAGAGAAAAAUUAUCAUUAACUAGUCUUGAAGUAAUAACAGAUGCACUUUUAGAAAUAAUGGAAGCCUGUAUGAGAGAUAUUCCAGGAUGUGAUUGGUUAAAGACAUGGACAUUUUUAGCUCGAAAUUUGGCAUUCUGUUUCAAUCCUGCUCUUCAACCACGAGCAUUAAUUGUUUUUGGUUGUAUCAGUAAAAGUAUCACAGAUCAUGAUAUAAAACAACUAUUAAAAAUAUUAGUUAAAGCUAUAGAAAGUUUUAAUGAUAUUAUGUUAUUAGAAGCAAUUGUAAUAUGUUUAACGAGACUUCAGCCUCUUUUACGACCAGAAUCUCCAAUUCAUCGGUAUCUUUUUUGGAUUGCAACAUCUAUACUUCAAUUGGAUGAAGCACCUCUCUAUGCUUCAGGUCUUGCUUUAUUAGAACAAAAUCUUCAUACAUUAGAUUCUCAAGGAACUUUUGAUGAUACAACAUUAGAAAAAGUUAUGAUGACAGCAAGAGAACCUUUAGAAUGGCAUUUUAAAUUAUUAGAUCAUGCUGUUGGUUUAUCUUUUAAAUCGAAUUUUCAUUUUGCCCUUGUAGGACAUUUAUUAAAAGGUUAUCGUCAUCCUACACCCACAACGGUAUCACGAACAAGCCGAGUACUUACAAUGCUAUUAACUAUCGUUGCUAAACCUUUUAGAAGAGAUAAAUUUGAAGUAACUCCUGAAAGUGUUGCUUAUCUUGCAGCUUUAGUUUCUAUAUCUGAAGAAGUAAGAAGUCGAUGUCAUGUAAGGCAUUCUAUCACCAAAAAUAUUAUAGAAUCUGGUAGUACAGAUUUUUUAGAUGUCAUUGUUUCUAAUGGACCAGAUUCAUCAUCUAAUACAAUUAAUCUAUCAAACCGUAAACAAAAAUCAUGGGAUUUACUUGAUCAAACUGCAAUUAAUCAAGCAAAACAACAAAAGCAUCCAUCAACGCAUCAAUCUGGUAAAAUUUUAUUUAAAACUCAACGAUCUUUUUCUGUACCAACCACGAAAGAAGCUAAAUCGGUUGAAGAAUCAGAUACGAAAAAUAGAAGUACAAGAGUAAGUGUCAGCAAUGAAAAUAAUGUACUUUUAGAUCCUGAAGUAUUAACUGAUCUUUCAACGCAAACUCUUGUACUUACGGUCCUUGCAACCUUGGUUAAAUAUACAACAGAUGAAGAUGAAACAAGAACAUUAUAUGAAUACUUGGCAGAAGCGUCAGUAGUAUUUCCAAAAGUUUUUCCAGUUAUAAAUAAUCUUCUUGAUGCCAAAAUUUUAAAUGUUUUAAGUUAUUGUCAUGAUCAAGUAGUAGUUGGGGCAGUUCAAGCAAUAAUACAAAAUAUGAUUGCUUGUGAUGAUACAGGCCAACAGUUACAUUAUUUACAAAGUUGCGGAUUCGGAGGACUCUGGAGAUUUGCUGGUCCAUUUAGUAAAUGUAAUCGAACUGCUGAAAGUGCUGAGUUGUUUGUAAAAUGUCUACAAGCUAUGAUUGAAACUUGUUUACCUGAUGACGAAAAUGAAGUUAGUGGAAGUAAUCAAGAAGUUGAUAGUAAACGAACUGAUGGGAAAAAUUUAUCAAAAGCACGAUUCUUUUCAAAUGAUGGUAAUAUUGGAAAAGAUACAACUCCUUCACUUGUUAGUUCCAAAGAAUCUAGUAUUGAUAGUAAAGGUGAGUCAUCAAUUACAGUUACAUCAAGUAGCAGCAGUAACUCUCAAUCCUAGCGACUAAUGAUAGAAUCUAUUAAUUGUCAUCAUAGAUCUGAAAAGGUGCAGGACACUUGUAAAAAAUUACGAAUAAUUAGAUGACAUGAUCAGAUAGAGAUGAAUAGUUGUGGGCUAAAAAUAAUUAGUUCUCUUUGUAAAUACCAUAAGUAAUUUUAUAGGUAAUUAUUAAAUCAUAUUAUUGUAUUGUCGUUUGUUCAUCGUACAGAUAUUUUUUAAAUUCUUGGGGACCUGCUAUUCUCAUUAGACGUCCUGAAAAUUAUAUUAAUCGUUAUGUAUUAGUACCGUCCACCUAACCCAUUUAACUUGAAAAACGUUAUUUAACACUUAACUCAAUGUUAAAGCACAAAUAGUCGUAUAAUCUCAAUCGUUUUAUUAAUCAUAUAAUAAUAUGAUAUAUUUUUAUUCGAUAAAUUAUGAAAAGGUAUUUUUUACUGUUAUAUUCGAUUUAAAUUAAUGUUGAUAUAAAAUUUUUCAAUAUUCAUUUAUAUAAAUAACAAUUAACUGUCUUGCUUUUUGUAAUUGUUAAAUGUAACCAAAGUUUCAAGUUUUAUGAAGGGGAAAAGAAAAAAAUUUUCUUUUUGGUAAUUUAUAUUACUCGUUAUAAAUCUGAAAAGAUUAUAUGUAGAUAAUAUACGUGUGAUCAUUAUUAAUUUAAUAUCAAUAUAAAUUUAUAAAGAAAAAUAAGAAAGAAAAAUAAAAAAAUUAGUAUGGCCUAUAAAUUUGUGUGUACGAAUAUAAAUGUUUGUUCAUUGAUAUGGUGUAUUUAUUACAAAAUUCAUAAAUUAAUUUAUUGAUUGAAUAAUGGAGUAUAUUUCUAACAAUUAAAAAUAUACAUAAAUAUUAUGUUGUAUCUUCUAUGUUAUAC